AUGCUUCUGUUUGCUUCAAUCGCGGGUACCCCUCUCUCCCUCUGCAUAUCCACCCCUCACUUUCCAAGAACUCGCAAACCCUCUUCCUCUCCAUUUGCUUCUAUUAGCUCAGCAUCGUCAUCUCAUGAAUCACCACCACCAUCCACAACUGAAGGAUUUAUAUCCUCGAACCCUUCCUUUGUUGCAUCAUCCUCUAAACCACAGGACAAGAAUGUCAACUUCGCGCUUGCAAACCCGAAUGGUAACCCGGUUGCUCGCUUUGUUCGGUCCACGGAGUCAACCGUUGAAAGGGUCAUAUUUGACUUUAGGUUUCUGGCACUGCUGGCUGUUGGGGGCUCGUUAGCUGGUUCUUUGCUUUGCUUUCUAAAUGGCUGUGUUUACAUUAUUGAGGCAUACAAAAUUUACUGGACGAGCUGUGUCAAAGGGAUUCACACAGGACAGAUGGUUCUACGUUUGGUUGAAGCUAUUGAGACCUUGUUGANUCUGUUUGCUUCAAUCGCGGGUACCCCUCUCUCCCUCUGCAUAUCCACCCCUCACUUUCCAAGAACUCGCAAACCCUCUUCCUCUCCAUUUGCUUCUAUUAGCUCAGCAUCGUCAUCUCAUGAAUCACCACCACCAUCCACAACUGAAGGAUUUAUAUCCUCGAACCCUUCCUUUGUUGCAUCAUCCUCUAAACCACAGGACAAGAAUGUCAACUUCGCGCUUGCAAACCCGAAUGGUAACCCGGUUGCUCGCUUUGUUCGGUCCACGGAGUCAACCGUUGAAAGGGUCAUAUUCGACUUUAGGUUUCUGGCACUGCUGGCUGUUGGGGGCUCGUUAGCUGGUUCUUUGCUUUGCUUUCUAAAUGGCUGUGUUUACAUUAUUGAGGCAUACAAAAUUUACUGGACGAGCUGUGUCAAAGGGAUUCACACAGGACAGAUGGUUCUACGUUUGGUUGAAGCUAUUGAUGUAUAUCUAGCUGGGACUGUCAUGUUAAUAUUUGGCAUGGGUUUAUAUGGAUUAUUUAUCAGUAAUGUGCCUCCAAAUGUACCUCCCACAGUUGAUCGUGCCCUUAAGGGGUCUUCCUUGUUUGGGAUGUUCGCUUUGAAGGAGAGGCCUAAAUGGAUGCAAAUCAGUUCGCUCGAUGAAUUAAAGACGAAAGUGGGACAUGUAAUUGUUAUGAUCCUUCUAGUAAAGAUGUUUGAAAGGAGCAAGAUGGUCACGAUAGCUACUGGUGUGGAUCUUUUAAGCUAUUCUGUAUGUAUUUUCUUAUCUUCUGCUUCCUUAUACAUUCUUCAUAAUCUGCACAAGGCAGAUUAG